AUGGAUGACUUUGAAUACAGUGUGGAGAUCUGUGACCGGGAUUGGGAGUGCUUCUUUGCAGAGUGUGAGGAGUGUAAUCUGCUUCCUCCUUCAUUAGCAGGCGUUGAUGAUUCAGGGAUGAGUGACAUUGAUGACACGGGUUCCAUUCUUGCCCAAAGGACCCAUAGACUCAACUCAACACAAGGCUUCUCAGAAAAUCCGCGUCCUAUUGACAGCAACCCUGAAUGUGAGGGAUCCCCUGUGGAGUACCGGCUUACAGAGCACUGCACCGGGGGUCUUGAUAGCAUUCUUUCGGGCAGCGAAGAGGACUUACACCUGCAGUCAGUCAAUAUAUUUUUCGAAAAGCUUAAAAAUCUCACAGGGGCUGAGUCAAGCCAAGAAAAAAGCCAAGAUAGAAUUGAGAACAAGGUGACGCAACAGGAGGCGCAGUGUGGUGAUGGGCAACCAGCCAGUCGAAACCAUUCCCCAAAAAACUUUCCCAAGUCAAACCUGGUGCCUGCCAGGAGUGAAACAGCACUUGGCAAAGAACGCGGAAAGCCUGUUGAAACAGGUCGGGACUUAAAGACAAAGGAACAAAUCAAAACUGAGUCAAAUAUUUCCACUGAACUUGCAGCCUUGGGUAAAUCAGACGUCAAAAGUUGGACAACAGCUGAAAUAGAACUAUUCAUUAGGGAGGAAUCCAGCAUAGAAACAAGAGUAAAUGAACUAACACAGGGGAAUGAGCCUCAUGACUCAACAAAUGAUGUUGUCUAUUCAGAAACAACACCUCAGCCCUUCAAAUUGGAAACAUGCAAAAAUCUGGACGAGCAGGAGGGUUUGCUGACACUGCUCAGUAAAAAUUGUGUUAUGAGGGAAGAUCCCAUCCCUAGCCAGGAGUCAUCUCCAUCUUCCUCUCUCAGGAGGAAAAGGAGAAAGAAGAGACGAUUCAGUAUGGAAGUAGGUGAAUCUGGACAGGCAUGUGAGAGGCAGGUUUUAAUCAAGCAGAGUGACUCAGAAGAGGACCAACACACAUUAAGACAAGGAGCAGUUCCGUGUUUCUCAGAGGAAUCGGCUCAUUUAAGCAAGCUACAAAAAAGUCUAGCCUGUAUUUCAACCCCAUGUUCAGUCACCAGCAUUUUGCCAGUGGACAUAUCUGCAAAUGAAAUAGAUAAUGAGCUCUCCCACCAUGUUCCUCCAUGUGAUGGUCAGCACUUGCCAAACCCUGUGCCUGAACUGAGAAGGUGGACAGCAUCGGGCUCAGCUGAAAAUAAUGUGUCAAACCACAAAUUAGUAAGUGAUGACAAUGCAACGUGUUCUGUAAGCAGCUGUGCUAAUGGCGCCACACAUUUACAGCCAUGCAGCAAACUACAGCUCAGAAACUCCACUGGACUGAUUGGAAAUGGAAAUCAGAAUCACAUUACAAAAGCAUGCGAUCAACAGCAGUUUGAGAAAACAAAUAUUUCUGUCAACAGCCAUGAAGAUAGAGAAUAUAGAAAAUAUACCACGGCAGAGGUCAAAGCAGUCAAUCCCUUGCCAAGCACAGACUCAUGUGCUUCACCUGUGGAAGUCAGCCAACGGGACAAACAAUCUGCUGCUAAGUCAGUCCUGGCUGCAGAGGCUGGAAAUUCUGGCAGAGAUGAAAGUGCGCUGUGUCAAAAUGAGGCUGAGCUCCAACAACAGCUGGAAAGCGACUGUCACAACUCGUAUCCGUGUAGUCACACGCAGGAAAAUGUUCACUGUCCUCCUCCAACAGUAACUGCGAUCAAGUCUCACACUGAUGCUAAAUCUUCGACACUGAAAACCAGCGAUGAAGCGAUUCCCCCACCUCCAACAUCAGAUUGUUGUAAUCGGUCAAGCUUGCUGCCCACAAACUCAACCUGUGGAGAUCAGGAAUCUCCAACAGAUCAUCCAGUGGCUGUAAAAACAUCAUAUAUGGCCCUUGAAAAAAACACUACGCAAGGAAAAGAUUCAUUAGAAGGAUCAGAAAAGCUGGUUUUAACCAGCAACAGUCAGACGGAAACCAAACUAUCCUCUUGUGAAGACUUAGACGGAAGUCCUUCAGAUAUCACUGGGGUGUCAUCCUUCUGCACUCUGGACACAGACUCUGUCAUGUCAGUCUCAAAUGAAAACCUCACAGACAUGUCAGCGAGCUUUUGUUCGUCUGCCAGUGAACAUGAGUCUGGAAGUCAAGGAGAAAGAAAGGCGCCAAGCUUGGCAAAACACGGGGAAGGAGACUUAUCACCUGGACCCAAAAGCCAACCAGAAUGCAAGUUUGAUACCUCAGGGGAAGCAGGGGAAGCAAUCACUGCAUCAGAGGCUUUAGAGGAACAUGAACAACUGGGGAAUUCAGUAUUUGCCAUGUCUUCUUUUUGGCGAGAAAUGGAGAAACUGACAAUAAAUGACAUUCUGGGUUUACGAAAUAUCAGCAACGUUUCUCAUACAAGCUCUCUGCCUCCUGUUCAGGAAAGUGAGGAAACAGAGCCGUUUACUGUGUCUGACCAGGGAAAUCUGGCUCAAAACAAUGGUUCUGCGCAAAACAAGCAAGCCACCGCAAAAACCUCAGGGACUGACUCUUUGCCCUCAAGGAGCGUCACCUGGGAGAGUGAGCCUGUCCCAGCGAGCCACGGCCGCAUAAUUUAUCCAAUGAAUCCGUUACUGACGUCAGCGACAGACACUCCUGAGCCUGUCCUCAGUGAAAGGGCUCAAAAGUGUCUCAAAAAGAUCUCCAAAACCAUCAGCGUGCACAAUUUACAGGCUCUGGAGUCUGCGUCAUUCAGCCAUCCACAGAAAGGUGAAACCUUUCACACCUUAAGCGAAACAGAACCUGUUGAAUUUGAGAAUUUGACAGGGGAAUCUCCACAUAAACUUAACACAGGCGAGAAAUCUGCACCUUCUGUCACAGACAGCUACAGCAUUUCUCUUACAAAUAUAUUUCAGUAUCUCUUUGGAGGCAAACAGUCAGUUCCACACCACUCUGCCACAAAUGAUGUAUCAGCCCUCUACAUUGGAGGAAACACUGUCCCUGAAACAUACGAUGAUUUCUUCUCAGAGUUUGACACAGAAAACUUCUUCUACCCUCUCAUAACAGCAGAGGAAAAGAACCAAGACCAGACUGUCCCCAUUUUUUCCUGUUCUCGCUCAGCUGGACGCAAUCUACAGUUCCCAGAGGCCUAUGAGUAUUUUUUUGCAUCUUCCUCAUCUGAUGAUUCAUCUCUUGACUCUGAUGGGGAAGAUGACAGUCCUCCUGUGAGGGUGGUGAGCAGGUUCAGUCAAAAGGCAAACUCAACCGUGGCUGAAACGGAUAUAUACGAGGAUCUGUUCGCCGACAGUGACUUAAUGGGUAAAUUGUUCUGUCUGAAGUCACUUUCCUUCCGGAAAAUCAAAUUUACCACAUCUGCAGACCGGAAUCAGAGGUCAAACUCUGGGUCUCUUGUCCCCGUGAGAAAAAGUUGCACGUCCACACUGAUGGCUGAGCCUCACAUCAGUGCACUGAGAAACCCAGAUGUGUUGUUUGCCGAUCCGCUGCUCUGCCACUGGGAAGAAAGAAUCUCCAGACAACUCGCACUGCAGCCUUUCAGACAUGAGGACUUGCAAGCAGCUGUUUCAAAUCCAGGGUUGGAUGCACCCCUCCUGCCCCUCAAACAAUCAGAUAUGUGUCUGGUCUGUAUUGCUUUUGCUUCAUGGGUGCUAAAGACUGCCAACCCACAAGUUGGAGAUGCCUGGAAGGCUGUUCUGCUGGCGAACGUAAGUGCCCUGUCCGCCAUCCGAUACCUUCGGAAAUACGUCAAAACGGAGGCUACAGCCAGCCAGAUGACACGGCAUCAGGCUGCAUUGACAUAUCCCUGAUCUGUUUCUAAACAUGGGAUGAAUUCGAUGAGUCAUUUUCCAGGGAAGCCUAAUACAAGCCUCUGCAACAUCCCAGUCCAGUGAGGAAAGCUGGGUGUGCUUUCACUACAUUUACUGCAGACAAAAUGAUCUUACAAAGAAAUCACUUAUGUGUCAUCUCCACUGUUAAAAGUUCUUACUAAAUUAUUUUAGGGAAAUAAUUUCCUCUUUCUAUCACGAUAGCAUGAGAUAACUGAAGGCGGAAUGAGGCAUGUUUGUUCAUUUGAGAAAGGUAUUUGGACAUUUGUAAAUAAUGUUUUUGGGUAAGUUCUGAAGGGAGAAUUAAGGUGAGUUUAUGCAGAGCUGUACAGAUGUAAGAUGAUAGAUUAUCGAAUCAUGAUUGUAUUCAUUAUUCUCAAAGCCUUGAGAAAUUCAUUGAACAGUAUUCUUUAUCAGUAUGUUAGACGUUUUAUGAAGGGCAUUCUUAUUUUCAUGAUGGAUGGUGUGUAAAUGAAUGCGUGGUGUUGUCUUGUGCUGAAAGGGACAGCUUCCAAGCACUAGAGGGCGACGUAAGUUUACGUAAGAACCUGACUUGCUGUAGCAAAUCAGUAAAGCUUGGAAUUGCGCUCAAAAGUUUAAUGUAAGAUAUCAGAUUGUAUAAGAAAUCCUAUUGUUGUGCCUGUAAGUAAGAUAAGUUGAAGAUAUCUCACAAGGAUGUCAUAAUUUUGCUAUCAUAGCUCCUUUUUUGAUCAAUUCUGGAACGUUCAAUUAAAUUGACUGCAUUCCACCAUUUCCAGCUGUAAUUUCUGUCCUUUUUGUUGAAAAAAAAAACAAUUUUGCCAUUUAAAAAAACAUUCUGCAUU